AUGACAGACACCGCGACCGCGCUCGUUUUACACGGCGCUAAAGACCUGCGCGUGGAAAAACGCGCAGUGCCGCCGCCCAGUGGCACCGAAGUCCAAGUCGCCGUCAAAGCAACAGGACUGUGCGGCUCAGACCUGCACUACUAUAGCCACGGCCGCAACGGCGACUUCGUCGUGCGUGAGCCAAUGUGUCUGGGCCACGAGUCCGCGGGAACCGUCACAGCCGUGGGACCCGAAGUGUCGACGCUGAAGGUUGGAGACCGGGUGGCGCUGGAGGUCGGACUGCCGUGCCGCAAGUGCGCGCUGUGCCAACAGGGCCGAUACAACAUCUGCACAAGCAUGCAGUUCCGCAGCAGCGCCAAAGUCUUCCCGCACCUGGACGGCACGCUGAUGGAGCGCACCAACCACCCGGCCGCCAUGUGCCACGCGCUGCCGGCGUCAGUCUCCGACGUUGGUGGCGCCCUCGUCGAGCCGCUGGCAGUCUGUCUCCACGCCGUCCGCCGGUCGCGGCCCCCGAACCGGGACCAGGUGGCUCUAGCGCACGCCGCCGGCGAGGGCACCGCGGCACUGGUAUUUGGCGCCGGCGCCGUCGGCCUGCUGCUAGCCGCGGCACUGGCCACAUCCGAAAACUUCUCCUCGAUCGUGGUCGCAGACAUCGACGCCGCACGGCUGGAGAUCGCCGCAUCGCUCGGGCUUAACCUCAAAACCGCUCUGAUUCCCCGCGCCGACCCCGCGCACCCUCCCCCGGCGCGCGACGCCCCGCACGCCGAGCAGACGGCGUUCGCGCUGCAGAAUGCGCAGCGUGUCGCCGCGACGCUGACGCAGGCCGCGGGCUCCCCUGAGGCCGGCGAGUCUAUUCCAGGGUUCAGCCGCGUGUACGACUGCACGGGUGUUCCGGCCUGCGUGCAGGCGGGGAUCUAUGCGUCCGCGCCCGGCGGCGUGCUCGUUCAGAUCGGUAUGGGUAAUCCCAUCCAGACGCUGCCUAUUGGGGCGGCGGCGCUGCGCGAGGUCGAUAUCAUUGGCGUCUUCCGCUACGAUGGCUAUGCGUACCCCGCUGCUAUUGCGCUGAUGGCGAGUGGCAAGAUGGAUACCGUUGAGCAAAAGGUCGUGACGCAUCUCUUGAAGCUGGAGGAGGGUGAACGGGCGUUUACAUUGGCUGGGAAGGGCGUGGAUGAGACUGGUAGGCCUGUUGUCAAGGUGAUUAUUGAGAAUGAGCCGGUCUCGAUUCGAGGAAAUCUGUGA